UGCUUCCUACCUGGAACCUCAUAUAGGGAUCUGCUUCCUACCCGGAACCUCAUAUAGGGAUCUGCUUAUUACCCUGAACCUGCACUAUGCAGGGACUUGGGAGAGACACACAGAACAGGGACUCCCCAAAGAGGGAGAAGGAUCUGAGGGGCUCAGCAAUACUGCACCAGCAGAGACGCCUCAAACAAGCCACGCAGUUUGUGCACAAAGACUCUGCGGAUCUUCUGCCACUGGACCAGCUGCGGAGACUGGGGACCAGUAAAGACCUGCAGCCACACAGUGUGAUCCAGAGACGGCUCAUGGGGGGCAGCCUGAGCAUCGAAAGCGAUAACCCUGUAUUUCCAACUUCCCCGUGCAACAGGGGGAGAGACGCACCCCCCCAGGGUGAUGAGACGAUACAGCCAACUAAGUUGGGUGAGGAGACCCCCGGUUGCUGGAAGGAACAAGCUCUACUCAUACCCUGCAAGGGCCCCAAUUUCACAUUACAAAGUUGCAUCAGGACUUUAUGGACCUAGGAAUGAUACGGACUGGAGCCUGGAAUUUACUUCUCAGGGAAUCCCUAAGUGUUAGACUGUAUUUGCUUCCUCCGUUGUUGGUAGCAUCAGGCACUGGUUACUGAGGGAACAGGAGAGACGGGGUGUAAAUCCGUGGCUGUAGUGAAGGAUCACAGAGAAAACUCGAUGAGGGACAUUACUUCAUGACAGAGAAAGGAGCCUCUGGCUUUAUCCAAGCAAGAUCUGGGAUGCUUAUCCGCACUAUACCGCUUGUCUAGUUCUAUACCCACCUGAGGGUUAACACUUGUUUGGAAUGGCCGCCUACAUCGAAUUUGUGCCCCCUCCGGAAUGCCCGGUGUUCGAGCCCAGCUGGGAGGAAUUCUCUGAUCCCCUGAGUUUCAUCGGACGCAUCCGACCGAUUGCUGAAAAGACAGGGAUAUGCAAAAUCCCACCUCCCAAGGACUGGCAGCCGCCCUUUGCCUGCGAUGUCAAAAGCUUCUGCUUCACCCCUCGGGUACUGCGCCUCAACGAACUAGAGGCAAUGACCCGUGUCAAACUCGAUUUCUUGGAUCAGCUGGGAAAAUUUUGGGAGCUGCAAGGUUCCGCGCUCAGAAUUCCAGUGGUGGAUGGCAAGCUGUUGGGUGGUUUCCAGUGAGGGGGGAUUUGAGGUUGUCACUAAAGAGAAGAAAUGGUCUCAGGUGGGCAAUCGGAUGGGAUACCAGCCAGGCAAAGGCACAGGCUCUCUUCUGAAGUUGCACUAUGACCGAAUCCUCUACCCCUACGAGCUGUUCCAGUCUGGCGUCAGCCUGAUGGAAAGAAAUGCACCUAGAAUAUUCUAGAGAGAAACCUUCUGUUUCAGUUUUUAGUAAAGGUACCGGUAUAGGACCUGUUAUCCAGAAUGCUCGGGACCUGGGGCUUUCCGGAUAAGGGGUCUUUCCGUAAUUUGGCUCAUUUAAACCUCACAGGAUUGUUUUGCAUCCAAUAAGGAUUAAUCAUAUCUUAGUUGGGAUCAAGUACAGGUACUGUUUUA